UUGAGUUAAAAGGUAUGUGUUUACUACAGGGCAUUUUAAUAAAUAAUCUGAGUGUUUGAUAUAGAUGCCAUAAAAGUCAGCAGAAAGACUUCCGUGAACUUGGGGAGUCUCGAAUGUGUUUUUUAUAGCUUUUACUGAUGUUGUAGCUCCUUCGAAUGGUGCAUUCAAUGAUACCUAGUUAUGUGAUGGGCUGUAAUCUAGCACUAACUUGAGGUAGUCUUCUGUUAAAAUAGAGAUUCCAUGAUAUGGUGCUUAUAGUUCAAGUUGGUAAGAAUGCUUCACAGUAUACUUGUUAACACAUCUCAAUAAAAGGAUAUAUGAGGUUGUAAGUAACAAGAAAAUGUAUUUUAGAAGUACCUAAGUUUUAAUUUUUUUUUUGAACUAUUUUAAUUAUAAAGUACUAGUGAAUACUGUUCUAGGAAAGAAUACUAACUGCUUAUGUGUGUUUCCUCCGUUUAUAAAUCUGGGUGAUACGGCAGAUUGUGAUAAGUUCUGUUGUACAAGACUUGAGGAAUCCAUACUAUCUUCUAAAAGUGUAAUAUUUUCUAGAGAUGAAUACAUAGGUUGUGGUUAAGAUCCUGAUUCUGCUGAUAUUAUUGGUGAUAUUAGUGGGCUUUAAUAAGCCAGGAUUGCAUUUAUUUUUAAAGUCUGACGUUUCAUAUCUGUCAGUGGCCAAAAGUAGGUACUGUGAUUUCAUUGUGUUGAACAGAGAAAUAUUUCACCUUUCCAGUAGAUGAAUUCUGUCUUUUUGGCACAGAACCGCUUUUUAUGACUAUACCGUGGCAGAAAAUGUAUUGUUACUAUUACUAUUAUUAUUAAACUACUGGAGCCAUCUAGCUGUGCAGUAGAAAAUAACCCUAACAAUGUGAUACAGCUUAUAGUAGGUCCGUCUUACCUCCCCAAUUCUGUCUUGUCUGUAGUUGUCUGAUGUGUCCCCUCUUCCCCCCCUACCGAUUAAAAUCUCUUGGGCAGAGACUGUCUACGGCUGUUUGUACAUCGUCUAGCACAGUGGCACUUGAGUCAUGAUUGUAAACUUUAAGGGUUGCAUGUAUUUCCAGAUAUUCCUAUCAGUGGGAAUUGACUAGCUAUAAGUAAUGUUGAAUAUAAGCAACUAUAAGUAAUGCUGGCUUUUAUAUGCGGUUGUUUUGUUACCAGCCAGCAGCAUGCUAAUUAAAUUCUUACUGGUAACCUGAAUAAGAAACUUGUGGCACUCCUAUGUGCAAUUGGUUUCAUCAGGCUCUCGCAUCAAACGUAAACCUGAGGAGCUCAUUGGACAGCUUUGCUGUUGCAGUUGGCAGGUAUUACAGUAAUUUUUGUAGUUUCUUCUUAUGUGUUUCCCUUUUUGAAAGGAAAUUUGACCCAUUGAGUGGGCAUUUACUAUUGAAAGGCAAUUCUCUUGAAAAGCAUGUUAAGAGUUUCUGUUACCAUCCACAGUUUUCUUAGCAGGUUACAAGCAGGAUGAUCUUGUGCUCCCAGCGUGGAGGAGUAAUUUAUUAAAAUAUGUGUAUGUAAGCAAAUUAGUUGUUCUGAGAUCAGAUACAACCUUAUAUGCAUAGUUACUCAAUUUGCAGCAGCUAAUAAAGGAAAGAGCAGAACAUAAUGUGCUGUAGUUCUGGUUGGUUCCAUGUACGCAUUCUUUUUUUUGUUUUGUUUUUCAGUUGAAAGUUAUUCUCUAACUGUCCUGAAGGCAAAAAAAGUUUUCUGUUUUCAUGUUCUGAUUCUUUGCAGUUGUCUUCUUCAAGGUAUUGUUCAAAGUGCUUCUCACUAUGACACAAGAGUGGCUAAGAGAGAUCUUGGCAGGGGAAAGAAGGGAGGGAGUGUUAGGUCUCAUUUGCUUUGGCAGUGGAUCACUUUAUUCUUCCGACGUAAGGAUAGUUAGUACUGGGGAAUGCUGGGUUAUAGCUUGUGCAUCCAGUUGCUGGGCUUCUUGUGGAAGUCCUGGGGCUGAUGAAAGAGGCUAUUGCUGAAAGCACUGCUUGAGAUGCAGUUUGCUUUAAGCAGGUUUAUAUGCUUAUAUGCACCCUUUGUUCAAACACCGUCACUUGACAUUGAUGGUCUGGCCAAGUGUCAGCUUGUUUCUGGCUGCGAUGCUGUCUGGUUGCCUGAGGUCUCGCUAAUUAGGAAUGGCACAAAGACUGGUUCCUGUGGUUCCUAGCCUGAAUGGUGAAAUAUGAUGCCUCGCUGGCCAGCUAUUCUAAAAAAGUAAUAGCAGACGCUUACUCACGUAUCUGUGUAAUACUGACUAUAUCUCAGGAAUGUCAGUGCUCUGGGAAGUACUUAACAAGUAGCUGAUACUUUGCCCAGGAAAAAAACCUAUUGAAAUCAUGACUGGAUUCUCUGUUGUCUUGCAUUUGAUUUAGUCCCUUAUGUAGUUUAGAAAAAUGAGUAGAAAAUGAGGCCAUUCUGAUCUGAGAACACUUUAUAUUUGCUUCCCACAGCUUUAAGUGACCACACAAAUUGGGAGGCAGGGGGAAAACAUGUCUUAUUUUCCUUCAUGUUUUGUCAAAUUGAGAAAAACAAAAGAGUAGAUAUUAAAAUCAAGGAUUUUAUGGUCAAACAGUAUUUCUUUGAAAGAUGUGUUUGCAAAGAAAGGAUAUCUUUAGCCCUUAUGAAUUUUCUGGGAGCUCCAGGUCUUUUCAGAUCAGGUUCCAGUUAGCAGAUCUGUUCUUGAGCAAUGAAUAAUGGUGGCACAUGAUGAGACACCUCAUUUCUUCACCUCCGCAGUGUUCUAGCACUGAGAACAGUAACUGGAACAAAUGAGCAAGAUGGAAUCUGCGUAUGGCAAGACCUGAGUUUGUAUCCUGUGCCUCUCCUCCAGUGAGCAACCUAGAUGUUUAUUUCUUCAAACAAAACAAGCUAUUUUCUCAAAACAGGACUCAAGGCUUGAAAAUCUGCUUUUUUUUUUUGAGGGCGGAUAGAUGGUAUAAUAAUAAGAGCCCUAAGAGAUUAGCUUCAUGAGUUUCUAUUAUACAGCUGCUAGUACUUACUAUUAUUACAUGUCAUUUGUCCUUAAAAAAAUAUUUUUGAACAUGUUAAAAAUGAAUUUGGUUUGGAUACGCUUAUCCCUGCCAAUAAGCUUGUAAGCUUUCAUUUGUGAAAUAGCAUCUGUUAGAGUUGCUUGUCUGUAAUGGGUUUAUGGUGGAAAAAACAACACCAGCAAAGCUAAGAUAGCAACAUUCCCCCAGCCCUUAAGCGUUGUUUGGCACCUGCAAAAGAAAAUGCAUUUGUUAGUAUGAAAUAAAUACUGUGCCUUCAAAGUCCUGUGGGAAGUUAGGUGAGCGUGCUUUGCAGCUGUAGCCCCAUUUCCGAAGAAUCUCGUUUGGAAGUUUGUAAGAUCCGAACUUCCUUGCGUAGUUGGAAUAUUAAUGCUUCCUGAGAAGCAGUCCUGUAUAGGGAAAGCAUCAGCCAGCUGAUGUUAUGGAUACUUCUUUGAACUGAUGCAUGGUAGAUUUGCCUAGGUCCAAAAAUGGACUCAAGAGCAGAAUAAAAGCAGCACUGCCGUUACCAGUUCAUCUUAUUAGAAUCUCAGCUAAUGUUUUGACAGAAAUUACAUUGACAUAGAGUAUUUUCUGGGGACCUCCCCUGUAAAACUCUUGAAGUCUGAUGCCCUACUCCUGGUCUGGAGAGUAAAUCCUAAGAAAAUUUUCAGCCUCCCAGGUGGCCCAGUCAACACUGCUUCAUCCAACUGCAGAGGCUGUCUCAGGCUGCUCUUACGCACGCACGACUGACCUUGCUUCUGGACAGCAGCUAGUGGGCAAUGUUGGACCUUUUCCAGCUCUGUCCUGUUUUGCUAGAGGGCUGAGAACCCAAAAAGUCCCACAGGAGUUUCAGGAAGGCUUGCAGUAACUGUGUCUUCAACGGAGAAAUGGCUUGCUUGUGCGUUGGGGUAGCUACUGUGUUGUAAACUCCCAUCGGAGUAUGGGCAGAUGCUGUGAACACUUAGGUGAAUAGCAAUAGCUCUCUGCUAUGCUUUUAAGUACGCAGUUAUUCUGAAUGAGCUGCGGCAACACAGAACAAAGAAAUGAUACUUUUGCUUUCACUCCAGACAAAUGACUGGAACCCUACUGAACUGAUUUAUCUGCCCUCAGAUGGGCAGCCAGGAGACUUCUGAAUACUUUCCACCGUUUGAACACGGAGAGUUAGAGCUUGCACAUCCUCUUCAGCCCUGCGUAGGGGUAUAACACACAGAUCAUUUGCUCUAGGUUCUUGGCUGGGACAUGAAAGGUGCGAUGGAGCUAGGCAGAAAGGGCUGUUAGAUGAAAAAUUUGUGAGGGCUUGAUCUUCGAGUGUUGUUUUGGCUUGCAGUAAAAACCCACUGACCUUCCCUUUGUAGUUGCAUCAGAAGAUUUUACAUGGAGUAAUUGCUGCAAAACAAGCAACGUGCCUUUGUUACCCGUGAGACCUGGGCCAAGAAGGGGUUUGAAAAUAGCCUGUGUAAUGAGGGAUUUGAAAAAGCUUUUAGGAGAACAUGGGAAAAGAGAUAGCCAAACGUUGGAAGAGACAAAAGUAAAUGAUGACAUAGUAAAGGAGAAUGGGUUACUGAACAACACAUCAAGCUGCACUUGAGAAAGAAAAGGAGUGGAAAAAAACCCACCGAAACAGUAGAAAUGAGAUUUUAGAAAGUGAACGUUCCGUUUUGUAUAGCUCUUUUAAUGUACUAUGAAGAGAAUAAUUAGUGUAAUGAAGUAUUGUGCAUGCUUAUUUUGUUCAGAAUGUAAUUUUGGGGAACUUCAAUUAAUCGGGCUGUUGGAGUUAAACUAUCAAGUUUUCGGUAUUCAAGCUGGGAUUACCUGAGGGAUGUUUAGAUGCCUUGCGUCCUCAUCCUUCAGAAAUGGGAGGGAGGAAAGCACCGUACCUGAGGUCUCGUUAUUCAAUCAGCAAACUUAGGAAUGAAGUUGCUCCAAUUAACACUUAAAUUCUGCAUGAGUUGCAACAUCGGUGAUGUUGUAAGCUAUUUAAAACACCCUUUCAUUAGUGUUGCAACAAAGACAAGUGUGAUUGCUCUGUCUCAAUACUGUGCAAAACAAAGGCAAUCACAAAGCCUUGCUUAGUGUUUCAAAAACAGAUUAAAUGUAAGGAUGUCACCAAAUGCAUAAGAAGGUAAAAACUACUCCACUGGGUCGAUCCAAAGUUUGACCUAGACCAAUAGCCUGCUUUGGAGAGGAGUCAACUCAAAUGCUUAGUGAAAAGUCAUUCCAGAAUGCCUCUAAUUUCAGUGACAGUAUUUUGUAUCGUUUGCCUGAAGCUGACUAGGGAAGAGAGAGUUCUGCACCCGUGGACCUCAUAGACUCUCUCAGAUAGCUCAGUAAUCCAGCUUAAAACAAAAACCUGCAUGAGUCCUGAAAAUAAGUUUGGACCAAAAAAUUUUUCAUGACAGUGGCAAAGGGUAAUCAAUAUAACAAAGGAAACUGGAGGUGUGCAUGACAGCCUUACAACUGAAUUUGAAAAAUCAAUGAAAACCUAAGCCCUGGCUUCAGUAAGAAAGGCUCAGACAAUUCACAGAGGGAUUUUACAGAAUACCUGGCAAUGACAAAAUAAAAACCAUCAACAUUUACUUUUCUUGUUUUGGGAACAGUGGGCCACGCUGCAGAUUGAGAAGGGAGUAAAAAAGCAGAAGGCGCUGGCACUUGAAAAUUUAAUCUCCAAUGGUAAGAUCUUUGUAUGAAGGUGACGUGGCAGUAUUCAUCUGGUCUGGUAAAAUGGCAACUAUUUUAAUAUUUUACCUAGGAAAGAGAGAACAGAAACAUAAAUUGCAUCUGAUGUUAAGUAAGAAAACUAGAAUGGUCAAAAUGAAGUUCAAUGAGCAAACCAAUAAAAGAGACUGAGUAUGUUAUAAGCAAAAUGCCUGUUGGUGAAUCUUCUGAGUAACAGGCAUUAGAGAGAGCAGUGUGGGAAGAGAAGGACAUUGCUGAUAAGUGUUUGGGAAGCUUGUACUUUCUGACUCCAUCAGUUUUCUCUCUUCAGAGAAUUAGGAGGAGGAAUGGCUAUUUUUUGCACCUGAUACUUCUCUUUACGGGUCCUCUGUUCUUCUCAUAACUCCUGGUAUGCAAAAAGACUGAAUCUUAAGUAAAGUAGUUGCAUCAGCCCUUGGAUCACCGUUACAGUUCGAACUCUUCUCUAGGGAUCAUCCGGAGGGAGGAAACCUCCAUGGAAGAGGAGAUUGCUGGCCAGCGACAAGGAGGCUUCAACCUUGCUGAUAUUUUAUAUUUCUCCAAGAAGGGAUUUGAGGCUGUUGCAGAUGAUGAAGUCACCCGGCGGUUCUCCUCUGAGGAGCUGGUCUCCUGGAACCUCCUUAGCAGAACUAAUGUCAACUUUCACUAUGUCAGCUGGCAACUGACCUUUGUGUGGAUCAUUGGGAUCCUAAUCCGGUACUGUCUCCUGCUGCCUCUUCGCAUCAGCUUGGCUUCUUUCAAUAUCCUCCUCUUGGUUUCAGCAACCACGGUUAUAGGACAGUUUCCAAAUGGCAGGGUUAAAUGCUGGCUGAGCAACCAGGUCCAGAUGACAUGUGCUGCAUUAGGGGUCCGAUCUCUGAGUGGUGCUGUGCAUUUCCAUAACAGGGAAAACAGACCGCAGAAAGGAGGCAUCUGCGUAGCCAACCACACAUCUCCAUUAGAUGUUCUAAUCCUGGCUAGUGAUGGAUGCUAUUCUUUGGUUGGCCAGGCACACGGAGGGUUGCUGGGACUUAUUCAGAAAUCUUGCAUGAAAACCACUCAGCAUGUUUUGUUUGAACGUUCAGAAAUGAAAGACCGUCACCUGGUGAGAAAAAAAAUUAGAGAACACAUUGCAGAUAAGACCAAAUUACCCAUUUUAAUUUUUCCAGAAGGUACCUGCAUAAACAACACUUCAGUAAUGAUGUUUAAGAAGGGAAGCUUUGAGGUGGGAGGGACUAUCCAUCCAGUAGCAAUCAAGUAUGACCCUCGCUUUGGAGAUCCAUUCUGGGACAGCAUGAAGCACUCCGCGAUGACCUAUGGCUUUAAACUGGUUACCAGUUGGGCUAUCGUCUGCAAUGUGUGGUACCUGCCACCAAUGGUCAAAGAGGAAGAAGAAGAUGCUGUUCACUUUGCUGACAGAGUCAAGGCUGUCAUCGCUGCUCAGGGAGGAAUGUCUGUACUUCCUUGGGAUGGAGGACUGAAAAGGAAAAAGGUCAAAGAGUCUUUCAAGGAGGAGCAACAGAAAAAAUAUUGCCAGAUAGUAGUAGAAAACGGAACAGUGGGAAAUGGAAAUGUUCACUGAAUGGUGUUUAUUUUACCUCAUGUUUUUUUCCAUGACUUAUCUCAUCCAGAAACAGAGCUAUAUUUUAUAUAUUAAACCCCUCAUUUUUACCAGCUGUCCCUGUAAGAUACGUUGCAUAUGACAUGGCAGAGAAGCCAUAAACAGUAUGUUCUGUUUUAAAUAAGAAUGUAUGUUUAUAAAUAGGAAGAUUCUAAUGUAUUUUUUUAUUUCUCUCCAGUGAUUAGUGAGAACUUUCUGCAAUAAAAUUAGUAAGUUUCAUUAGAACACCAAUUUUCUAAUCUUUGAGUUACCUUCAAAACUUAGACGUUAACUUCUUAACUCUUAAUAAAACACCUCCGUACUCCCAGCCUAUAGCAACGAUUUGUUUUAGCAGUUUUCCUGUGAGCCAGAGGCACUGUGUUACCUUAGAGAGAAAACCUGCUGAUGUCAGAAGCCAUUGAGCAGUUCAUCUAAAUAUAUUUUUGGAACUGGAAAUUGGAGCUGGAGUGUUGGCUGUUGCAGGGAAAGAAGCAAUUGCAGAUUUUCCUCUUCAUAUUACAAGACCAGGGGUUGCAAGGUAGGAAGUGUUCAAGGGUCCUGCUGAAAAGCAGCAGAACAACUGACAUGAGAGCAUGUCCCAGAUGCCUAGCUGCGUCACUGGGAUAAAUUAGUCUGAAGAAGGGACAAUAGGAUAGAAAAAUGCACCAUGUUGUUGCAUUAUGUUUUAACUUCUGGUUUUGCUGUAUCCUUUUUAUGUCUGUUUUUAUGUGUUGCAUGAAUUAAAGAGAACUAUGUCACGGC